AGAGAAUGUAUCUUUGGUUUUCUCCGCCAAAAUUGAGUUCCAGUUCCUCCCAUGUCACCCUCUUCUUCCACUUUUGUCAAUUAAUGGAUCCGUAAAUCUCACAAACUACUAAAAGAUUCCAACUUUAUUUUUUUCUGGUAACGGAAUUCGAGAAACGGAAAAAAACAGAUGGAAGUUAAAGCAAGAGCUCCAGGAAAAAUCAUUCUUUCCGGUGAACACGCUGUGGUGCACGGAUCGACUGCAGUCGCUUCAUCCAUUAAUCUCUACACCUAUGUCACCCUCUCUUUUCCCACUUCUGAGAAUGAUGGAACACUGAAACUCCAGCUCAAGGAUAUGGCACUAGAAUUUUCAUGGCCAAUUGGCAAAAUCAAAGAAGCAUUACCUAACUUAGGUGCUCCUUCCGCUUCGACACCCACCUCUUGCUCAAUAGAAUCAGUCAAGUCAAUUUCAGCUUUGGUUGAAGAACAAAAUAUCCCAGAGGCAAAAAUUGCACUUGCUUCCGGAAUUGCAGCCUUUUUAUGGUUAUACACUUCUAUUCAAGGAUUUAGACCUGCCACUGUAGUUGUCACUUCUGACCUUCCACUGGGUUCAGGCCUAGGCUCAUCUGCAGCGUUUUGUGUUGCCCUCUCGGCUGCUUUUCUUGCUUUGUCUGACUCUGUAAACGUGGACAAAAUGCACCAAGGGUGGUUAAUAUUUGGAGAGUCUGAACUUGAAUUGUUAAACAAAUGGGCUUUUGAAGGUGAAAAAUUAAUUCACGGAAAGCCUUCUGGAAUAGACAACACAGUUUGGUAUAAUUAUUAA